AUGGCACCCAAGAAGAAGGGAAACAAGAAGGGCCAGGACGACUGGGAGGCCGACCUAGGCGAGACCAUUGCCCCGCAGGAUGCCAAUGGCCAACCCAACCCGGACGACGCCAAUGCCAAUGCCAACGGCGAUGACGAGGCCGCUUCCGGAGGCGGCGGCGGUCUGAUGGCACAGCUGCGUAAAAACAAAGAGAAGCGCAAGAAGAAAGGGGGCCAGGACAAUGACUUCGUUGAUGGCGAAGAUGCUCCCGGUGCCAUCACUCCCGCGCACGAUGUCGACAAGGCCCCCGAGGAGGCCGCCAUGGACGACGAGUUCGCUCUUCCCGCCAAGAAGGGCAAGGGUGGCAAGGCGAAGCCCGAGCCUGCCAAGCCUGCUGCCGGUGCCGAAGACGACGGCGACGGCCGUAUCCUGACAAAGGCAGAGAAGGAAAAGCUCAAGAAGGAGCGCGAGAAGCAAAGAAAAAAGGAACAGGCGGCCAAGAAAAAGCCGACUGCCCCCACAAAGGCCGAGACUGCGAAGCCUGCCGCUAAAGAGACAGCCGCCGCCGCCCCCGAAACCCUGGCUCCCGCUCCCGCCGCCGAGACUGGCGGCAAGAAAAAGAAGCUCCCUGCCCACAUUGCCAAAAUCCAGCAACAACAGGAAGAGCUUCGACGCAAAAAGGAGGAAGAGGAUCGCGCCAGGGCUGAGCUCGCAGCCAAGGAAGCCGAAGCUGAUCGUCUUGCCGAAGAGGAAGAGAAGCGCAGAGAAGAGGCCAAGGUCCUGAAAAAGCAAAAGGAGAAGGAGCGCAUCGAGCAGCUCAAGAAGGAAGGAAAGUUCCUGACCAAAGCCCAGAAAGAGGAGAAGGCCCGCAAUGAGCGCAAGCUCCAGCAGAUGCUGGCGGCCGGUAUCAAGGUUGGCCCUGCGGACGAAGAGCCCGCUCCUAGGAAGAAGGCAGCCCCUGAGAAGAAGCGCAAGGGUAAGAUGGAGCAAAAAGCUGAAGAAGAGGCUGCCCUUGCUGCCGCCGCUGAGAGAGCCAGGAUACAGGCCGAAGAGGCUCUGAAGAAGGCUGAAGAGGAAAGAAAAGCCAAGGAGGUGGAGGAGGCGGCCAAGAAGGCUGCUGAGGGCAGCGACGUUGACGAUGACUGGGAGGCGGCCGCAGACGAAGACGACGACGUCAAGGACAGCUGGGAUGCCGAUAGCGACGAGGAGGCCGAGAAGAAGGCCGCUGCCAAGGCAGCGCUAGUCUCUCGACCAAAGAAGGCUGGAGAGGAGCAAGAGUCUGACGAGGACUCUGAUGAUGACUCUGAUGACGACAGCGAAGAUGACGAAGCAAUCUCCAGAGCAAAGGCUGCCGAGGCGCAGCGCAAGAAGGAAGCUGCCGAGCGUCGUGCUGCCGCCCACAAGGCUGCUAUGGAUGCGCGCUCCAAAGACAACCUUCGCUCCCCGAUUUGCUGUAUCCUGGGUCAUGUCGAUACCGGCAAAACGAAGCUUCUGGACAAGGUCAGACAGACAAACGUCCAAGAAGGCGAAGCCGGCGGUAUCACGCAACAGAUUGGUGCUACGUACUUUCCCGUGGAGGCUAUCAAGCAAAAGACACAGGUCAUCAACAAGGACGGCUCCUUCGAGUUCAAGGUGCCUGGUCUUCUAGUUAUCGAUACGCCUGGCCACGAGUCCUUCUCGAAUCUCCGAUCGCGUGGCUCGUCGCUCUGCAACAUUGCCAUUUUGGUAGUUGACAUUAUGCACGGCCUCGAGCCCCAGACGCUCGAGUCGAUGCGCCUUCUGCGCGAGCGCAAGACGCCCUUCAUUGUUGCCCUCAACAAGAUUGACAGACUCUUCGGCUGGAAGAAGAUUGACAACAACGGCUUCCAGGAGAGCUUGGCGCUGCAGAACAAGGCCGUCAACAACGAGUUCGAGAAGCGCCUGUCCGAGACCAAGCUCGCCUUUGCCGAGCAGGGUUUCAACGCUGAGCUUUACUACGAAAAUCCGUCCAUGUCCAAGAACGUCUCGCUGGUGCCCACUUCCGCCCACACUGGCGAGGGUAUCCCCGAUAUGCUGAAGCUCAUCAUUCAGCUCACGCAGGAGCGCAUGACCAAUGCCCUCAUGUACCUGUCCGAGGUCCAGGCCACCGUUCUCGAAGUCAAGGCUAUUGAAGGUUUCGGCAUGACUAUUGACGUCAUCCUCUCCAACGGUAUCCUGAAGGAGGGUGACCGCAUCGUUGUAUGUGGCACAGAAGGUGCCAUCAAGACAAACAUCAGAGCGCUGCUCACACCAGCACCCCUAAAGGAGCUGCGUCUUAAGUCGCAAUACGUACAUAACAAGGAAGUCAAGGCCGCUCUCGGUAUCAAGAUUAGCGCGCCCGGGCUGGAGGGUGCCAUUGCCGGUUCGCGCCUGAUGGUCGUUGGCCCUGACGAUGAUGAGGAUGACAUUGAGGAUGAGGUCCUCUCUGACCUUGACAACCUGCUGAGCCGUGUGGAGAAAUCGGGCCGAGGUGUCAGCGUCCAAGCAUCGACACUUGGCUCGCUCGAGGCGCUGCUCGACUUCCUCAAGGACUGCAAGAUCCCGGUGGCCAACGUGGGCAUUGGCCCCGUAUACAAGCGCGAUGUGAUGCAGUGCGGCAUCAUGCUGGAGAAGGCGCCAGACCUGGCCAUCAUGAUGUGCUUCGACGUCAAGGUGGACAAGGAAGCGCAGCAAUACGCCGACGAGCAGGGCAUCCGCAUCUUCACCGCCGACAUCAUCUACCACCUGUUUGACGCCUUCAACGCCCACAUGAAGGAGACGCUCGAACGCAAGCGCGAGGAGUCCAAGCUUCUCGCCGUCUUCCCCUGCGUGCUGAAGACUGUCGCUGUCUUCAACAAGACGGGCCCCAUCGUCAUUGGUGUCGAUGUCGUCGACGGCCAGCUUAAGAUUAACACCCCCAUCGCCGCCGUCAAGACGAAUCCCGUCACCAACGUCAAGGAGAUUAUCAAGCUCGGCCGCGUCACGUCUAUUGAGCGCGAGCACAAGCAGAUCCCGGUGUGCAAGAAGGGUCAGCCAUCGGUGGCGAUUAAGAUUGAAAUGGGCGGCUCGCAGCCCACGUACGGCCGGCAGCUCGAGGAAUCGGACCAGCUGUAUAGCCAAAUCUCCCGCGCGAGCAUCAACUGCCUUAAGGAGUUUUACCGCGACGAGGUGACCAACCCGGAGUGGAAUCUAAUUGUCAAGCUCAAGCCCUUGAUGGAUAUUCAGUAA